GGCCCUAAGUUGUGUGUCAUUUGACAGGCAAAGAAGCAUUUUGUGAUACCAUCAAAAAGGAGACACUCACAGUCCUGGUACAGCGAGAAGAAGAGAAAUAGUAAAGGAAAACAGUGGAGGGAAGGACUUACUGGUGAUAAAAUGCCACCAGGAGGAUGGGGGGUUGUGUUACAUAAAAUACCAGCUAAGAAACCCUCAUUGAGAGCUGCACAGUCUUCAGAUUUGGAGAGCUCUGAUGAUGAAGAUCCUUCUUGUAGCAUUCUGAGAGAGAAGAGGACGAGUAAUAAACAGCUCACACGCCAAAGCGUCCGCGCUCAAACCGUAACUCUAAAGACAAACAGUAAAAAGAGAGACAGCUCUGAGGGAAAAGAAAUGGAGGAUGAGCUGAGUGACAGCAGUCCUCCACAAAGUCCAAAGGAAUGCAUGCAAAAGUGCAAAGUAUCUAACAAAGAGGAGUUAUCCCAGGAAGGGCGGGGAGACAGUGAGCCUGCAGACCAAAGUUUCUUCCAGAGUGACACCAAUAAUGUUGCUACAUGCAGUGAAACCAAAGUGAAGAAGAAGCAAAAUCACAGAGAACAUAAUGAAAGUGCAGAAGAAGCUGAUAAUGAAAGUCAGCAGGAGGUGAAGGUUCAGUAUGCUGCACUGUCUGUGAAUGAGGAAAUCACUGAGGUGGAGGAAAGUCCUCAUCUGUCACAGACCAUCAGCGAGCUGGAGCUUAAUGAAAAAAAUAGGAUGGAGGAGAGUGACAUCUCUGAUUCAGAACAGAGGAAGAAGAAAAAGAACAACCAAGAAAACGAAAAUACAGAAGAAGAAAAGAGCCAGGACGAGCUGGAGGAUCAGCACACUGCAUCAUCUUUGAAUGAGGAAAUCACUGAAGUGGAAGAGACUCAACAUCUGUCACAGACUGUUAAUGAGCUGGAUCUUAAUGCAAAAAUCGGUUUGGAGGACAGUGACGUUCCUGAUUCACAACAGAAGAAGGUGAAAGAGGACAACAAAGAAAUGAAAAAUGCAGAAGAGGAAAAGAGCCAGAGUCGGGACGAGCUGGAGGAUCAGCACGAUGCCGCAUCUGAGAAUGACAAAAUCACUGAGGUGGAGGAGGAGACUCCCUGUUUGUCACAGGUCACCAGCGUGCUUGAUGUUACCGGAAAAACUGUGAUGGAGGACAGUGACAUGACUGAUACACAACAGAAGAAGAAGAAAAAGAAGAAGGUGAAAGAGGACAACAACGAAAACAAAAAUGCAGAAGAAGAACAGAGUCUGAGUCAGGAUGAGCUGGAGGUUCAGGAUGCUGCAGCAUCUGCGAAUGAGGAAAUCAUUGAGGAGGAGGAGAGUGACAUUCCUCAUUCACAACAGAAGAAGAAAAAGAAGAAAAGAAAAAAGUCACCUGAAGAACACGAAAAGGAGAAGAUGAAAAAGAAAACGUCAGAAAGCAAUGAUGGUGAGGAGGAAGAUGUCAAGCAGUCAAAGUGCAACACCGCUGCUGAAUCUCUUCACGAUGAUGUGGAGAUACCAACAAAGAAGAAGAAAAAGAAAAAAAGAACAGAGAAAAAGGAAGAGUUUAAAGAUGAAGGUGAAGGUUUCAGAAAUACUGAAGCUUUUCAGGAAAACCUUGAGAAAACUUUGGAAUCCAGUUGUGCGAAAAGAAAAAAGCACAAAAAGUCAUCUCAAAGAGAUGAAUCUAACACUCCCGAAGAUGAAGAAAAUCCACAGAAAACAGAUGAGAUUGAAGACCAUGAUGCUGGUUUACUGAUGACCAAGAAGAAGAAGAAGAAAAUGAAAGAAAUGUCAGGCAUGGAGGGCUCCAAUGACACUGUCGCAAAAAGCUCUGAUCUGUUGUCUGUGCAGCGGAAAAAAAAGAAGAGGAAAUCUUUCUUCCUCGGUGCUGAUGUCGAGGGAAAAGCUGCGCAUUCAGAGGAAGAAAAACAUUGUCCUUUGCGAUCUGUGGCUGCUGAAAUGCCAGGCGUCAGCACCGGCAGUCCUGCUGAAUCAGCAGAAAUCACUGUAAGUUUGGACGAAUCUAAUGACAGAGUCAGGAAAAAGAAGAAGAGGAAAAUGUUAAAUGAAGAAGAGAGUGUGGAAAAAGAUCUGGAACCAGAUUUUGAGGAACUUGAGGAGGCCCUGUCUGACACAGGGCUGAAGAAGAAGAAGAAGAAACGUAAGAGGAACGAAACCAAGUCAGCGACCCCUGUGAAAGGAUCAGAAAAUGCUGAUACAAGAUGCUCUGAUGAGGCUGUGGUGUUAAAAAAGAAGAGGGAAAAAAAUAUCCAAGAAACUCCAGCAGCUGCAAGUGAAGAAACUGAAUCAGAAAGUCUGUUUGAACAUGCUUCGCCAUCUUUAGAUACACCCGGAGAAGACAGCAAAAAGAAGACAAAAGGGAAAUCUGCUCAUAAUGUUUCACUAUGGCGUAAAGAACAAUCUUAUGAACAUUUAAUCACAUCCAAAGAAGGGCGUAAAACUGACAUGAAAGAACGAAAAAGAACAUCAACAUCCAUUGUCCAGUAUAUCCACUAUCUGCUGCACAUGUCCAAACCAUCUCAUUCUUGCGUCUCCAGCAAGGAUGCUGCUGCCGUCAUCACUUCUUCUUGA